AAAUAUUUCAACCCAGCGGACGACUUUUGGACUACUGAAGGGAGUUCAGGAGAGAACCGAGAUUGUAGGAAGGGUUCAGCUUUUUAAGAAAAUCUCCAAGGACCAAGGGCUACUCUUAAACAGGUGACAAGAUUUUCAUUUGGAUUCGGAGAGAUCCUUUGACUGACAAAGUGAUGGAAAACAUCGUACAGCAGGCUUCUUCUUUGAAACCUUUAUUAUGAAUUAUGGAGGAGUUAGGCACCGUUUCAGCCUCUGAGUAUAAUGACAGCACCCCAGCCUGGGCAUCUAUGCCCUCUGCUCCCAGCAGACAGCAGGACACACUUCCCAACCUGCAGACACGAUUCAAAGACAUGACAGGGAUGCUCUUCAUGGUGACCCUGAAUGUUCUUGCACUCCUGGCCAACACAGCUGUGAUGGUGGUUGUCAUCAAAGCCCCUCAUCUCAGGAAGUUUGCCUUUGUGUGUCACCUCUGUGCAGUGGACCUGCUGUGUGCCAUCCUGCUAAUGCCUCUUGGCAUCGUGUCCAGCUCGCCAUACUUUGCUGGUGUUGUGUUCACUGUACUGGAGUGCCAGAUCUAUGUCUUCCUCAAUGUAAUCCUUAUAGCUGCCUCUAUCUUCACAAUUACAGCCAUCAGUGUGGAACGGUAUUACUAUAUUGUUCAUCCCAUGCACUAUGAGGUCAAAAUGACUCUGAAGCUGACCUCAACUGUUGUGAUAUUGGUGUGGGUGGCGUCUGCCAUUCUUGGCUUUUCCACAAUUUUUGGAUGGCCAUCUUAUGGCCUGAGGUCCAUAAGUGCUGCACACUGUUCACUCCACUGGAGCCACAGGGAUCACAGGCGUAUUUUCUCUGCCCUCUUCAGCGUCAUUUGUUUUUGUCUGCCAGCUGUGGUCAUUUUUGCUGUCUACUGUAACGUAUACAAGGUUGCCCGUGUGGCAGCGCAGCAGAAUGGACCCCUGCCCUCAUGGACGAACACUCAGGUCAAGCAUCGCUCGGACUCCAUAAACAGCCAGACAACAAUCAUUACAACUCACCACGUCUCUCGCAGGAUUACACGUGGGCGACCUUUUAUUGGAAGCAAAGCUGCUCUCACCCUUGUGAUUAUUGUUGGUCAGUUUCUAAUCUGCUGGCUUCCUUACUUUGCCUUCCACCUCCAUCUGAUACUAGAUUCAAAUCCUCACACCCCUAAUGACUUGGAGGAAGUGGUCACCUGGCUCGCAUAUUCCUCUUUUGCUAUGAACCCUUUCUUUUACGGACUCCUAAACAGGCAGAUCCGCGAGGAGCUGUAUAAACUGAGGCGCUGCUACUCAGUAUACCCAACAGACUUGACUUGUUCCAGCCAUGAGGGCUCAGGCCAGGAAAACUUCUUUCACUUCCUUCAUAGGACUAGUUGCACCAUAGAGACACGUGCAAGUUUUGCAAUACCUAGUCCCAGAACCACCCUAGACCACGCUCAGCAGACUGGUUUCAGGAUACCAGGUCAGAUUCCAGAAGAGUUGAAUUAG